AUGGCCACCCCAGAGUCCCAAGCCAAGAGGCAACGCAAGCGCAGCGACUAUGGCUUCCACCAAGUACACCAGACCCGAUGGUCAGUACCAGGACCUCUGAACGGGGGCCCGAAAACCAACCAGACACCGACACUAACAAACCACACCCACAGGUUCGAUAACGAUAUGUACGCGCACCUCAAUAACGCAGUUUACACACACCUCUUCGACACAAUCGCGAACACGUACCUAAUCCAACACUGCGGAAUGGACCCCUUCAGUGUGAACAACCCAACUCCAGCGUCAACUCACGGCCAACCCUCCAACUUCCCCUCCCCAUCAAACCUAGCAGCUGGCGCAGACCAAAUAGGUCUGAUUGUUUCGACGCACGCUGAUUUCUUUGCCUCGGUGCGCUUCCCGGAUCUGCUGGAGGUUGGGCUGCGCGUUAAUAGACUCAGCAAGUCUAGCGUUACCUGGGAAGUGGGUAUUUUCCGUAAGGGUGAGGAGGAUGUUAAGAUGGUUGGGACUUAUACUCAUGUUUUUGUGUUGAGGGAGACUAUGCGGGUUGGGAAGACGGGGAUGGAGGAACGGACUAGGCAGGGCUUGGAGAAGUUGCUUGUUAGGGCUGAGGCGAAAUUGUGA